CCGGACGGACCGGGGAAAAUGCAUCGACCUGAGGACGCAGUCGCUGCACAGGCGCGGCCUUGGGCGCCGAAGCUGCGCGAUUUUUCUCGACGUUGGAUAGAAUCAUUGAGAGCAUUAUACGGGGAAAACGCAGCAUCCUCGGUAACGACAAUCCGUAAUUUAAUGGGUAAUUUACAAAGUGAUGGUAAAAAAAAAGGAAAGAAGGUAAAGGAUAAUGCAAAUGUAACAUAUCCGAACAUCGACAAUCCGGAAUUUCCUGAGAUAAUAAAUGUUAAAAAAAGUUCCAAAAGUUUGGACGAUGUUACUAGUUAUGAGAUCGGUAAAAGUAAUAACACGCAACAUUUUUAUAAAUCAUCUAUUGAGAAAUUACAAACGCCUGCUAAAAGACAGGCACCUAAACCACCGGUGACGACAACCACCGAAAAGAUCGUUACGACAACGCCCGAUGAAAAAACAAAAUUGAUAUCUCAAUGUCGCGAGGAAUCAUCAUCAAAUACGAUGAUCCCUUCUCGCGAUGUUGAGAAUAAAAAGAUCGAUAAGACACCUAGUAGAACGUCUAUUCUUAUCAAUGGAACAACAUCAACUACGAAAGAACCGAUUAUUGAAGCUAACACAACCCCGGUGAGCCUAACGAACCCCUCAUCCACCUUGUUGGUCACCGACUCCUGGCGUCUAGCCAACAAAGGUUUGCUAGUUGCCGAGAUAUCUGCACCGCUCAGUCAGGAAUCUUCCAGUGACAGUGUAUUUACCGAUACAGAAGAAGUUCCAUUACCUGCGGAAACGCAAUGUGUUCCUAAAACACCAUCGUCAACUGAUACAUUAAUUGCUUCAAUCAAUUUAAAGGAUGACCAUAGCGAAAAAAGAUCACCAUUCUCUGUUCUAAGGCACAAAAGAAUUCAAUUACCACCGACACCAUCUCAAUUGAAUAUUUCGCCAUCACCUGUUAUUAGUGAUACCAGAAAGACACCACAUAGAAGACACACGAUGUACGAAACAUCACCGGAAAGUCAAGUACUUCGAAGAGUUGCUAAUUUGGUUUUAGAUCGUGCUAGUCUUGAAUCGAAGAUCAACGAUAACGCCAAAGUUAUACCACGUAAACUUGAUUAUGGUCUUUAUAGUAAAUUCGAAGGAUUACGUUUGAUAGAAGUAUUGACGUCGGAGUUGCCAGAACAUUUAAAAUCACAAUUGACAGAUGCAGAGCGUGAAAAACUCGAGCUUGCAUUUUAUUCUCGUUUGGUAUCGACAGGUUUACUUCGAUCAUUGGCGGACAAAGAUAGCACAAAUAAUAUUCCACAAACGGUAUCAUUGAAUAAUUAUCGAAAUCAAUUCGAUAAUAAUACGUCGCAGUCGUCGUCAUCGUCGUCGUCGUAUUUUAACGAAUCAUUGAAAAAAUCUAAAACCAACGAGAACGUACAACAAUUGGAAAAGGAAUUGAUCGAGUUGAGAAACGAGAUAGAAAGAUUGAAAAAAGUUAAUAAGGAUGCUGUUACGAUGGCACAGGACAAAUGUGUUCAAACGUCACCAAAAAGUGCAUCACCCAGCGUUACAAGUGCAAGUUCACCGUCAUCGAACGAUUACAAAAGUGCAUCCCAAGCAACGAGUAUCAGCGAAGGUGAAAAAAUUACCGUUGUUUCUCUCGAUAAUUCACCAAUUUUACCUAACAAAUCGAUUAUAUCGAAAAAAUCGACUAAAUCCAAAGAAGAACCCGAAAUAACGAAUCUACGUAUGUUGUUGGAAGAUGAGAAAUCGAAGGUCCAAAUGUCCAAUCAAAAAUCACUUUCACCGACUAACGAAGACAUUAAAAGUCAAGAUAAUCAUUUAUUUCCCACUGAGAACGGAGAAAUCGUGACCGAAAUGUCGGAAUCUUUGAUUCCUGUCGUUGAAAGUAUUGACGAAACAAAAUUGGAAGAAGAUAUUUCGCCGAAAUGUUUUGCUCCACCGGUUCCGCCUCCUCCACCUCCUCCCCCUCCUCCUCCUCCUCCUCCUCUUUUUACCCCACCAUCGCAAUCACCACUACCACCGUUAAUUUCGAUAGUGACUGAAUCAACUAUUCAUUCCGAAUCGAGACAAGUUCCAGCAUUAUUGGCUUCGUGUAUCUCACCACCAUUACCAUCUCCACCAUCUUCAUUGGAUUUACAAACUUUGUGCAUUCCUCCACCUCCUCCUAUGCCAGGUACUGAACAAGCACAAUUUUCACAACAAUCGCAAGUACCACCCCUACCUCCUCCAAUGCCAGAACUGACAGGACAGAGUUCUUUAUCUUUGUCCCAACCACCACCACCACCACCACCACCACCACCACCACCACCAAUGCCAGGAAUUUCAGGACCAAUAUCAGCACCACCACCUCCUCCUCCACCACCACCACCACCACCAUUAAUGCCAGGAAUGGCUGGACCACCUCCUCCACCACCAAUGCCAGGAAUGGCUGGACCACCACCUCCACCACUUCCUCCACCAAUGCCAGGAACAUUUGGGCCAUCACCACCACCACCCCCAAUGCCAGGAUCAUUCGGACCACCACCUCCACCAAUGCCUGGAAUAAUUGGACCACCACCCCCACCAAUGCCUGGAAUAGUUGGGCCACCACCACCACCAAUGCCAGGUAUGACUGGACCACCGCCACCUCCUCUAUUUUCUACCUCGAUCACGGGAGCAGGUCCUGGCUCAAAUGCAUCAGGACCACCGCCACCUCCACCACCAUUCGCUUCUACUCCAACUCCUUUACCUGCUCCUCCUAUCGGAGGCUGGAAUCCUCCCAGCAGAUCGACAUUGAGGAAACAACCUUUGAAUCCUGUUGUACCGAUGAAACCACUAUAUUGGACGAGAAUUAUCGCACCAAUGGCGGCUGUUCCCAGUGUAGGAAAAUCUACGACAUCUUUUUGGGCGGAAUUAGAAGAAGAAAAGGAUCUAGAUAUCACCGAAUUUACUAAUUUAUUUUCACGUCAAGUAACCGAACGUAAACUUACUAAAAAAGGAGAUAAUGUUGUUAAAAAACCAUCGAAAAUUCAACCUGCUAAGAUUCUAGAUUCAAAACGAUCGAAAACUGUUGGGAUAUUGGAAAAAAGUUUGCACAUUGAUUUUACAGAAGUUGAAAAUGCUGUUUACAAUCUGGACACCAGUGUGAUAGGUCUCGAAUCUCUACAACAAAUCUACGAAGUCAGAGCAACGCAAAAAGAAUUGGACGAGAUAUUAGCGCACGAGAAAGCUAAUUCCGAAGUCCCGUUGGAUCGUCCCGAAUUAUUUUUGAAACGAUUAGCAGGGAUUGAUCAUUUCAGUGAAAGAAUGGCUUGUUUGGUAUUCCAAUCGGAAUUUCAGGACGCCAUAUCGUCGGUAUCGAGCAAGUUGACCAAUUUAAAGACGAUUUGUGAUUACCUGAACAAUUCUAAUUCAUUGAAAAAGGUGAUGGCUUUGAUAUUAACAUUGGGAAAUUAUAUGAACGGUGGUAACAUGAUGAGAGGACAGGCAGAUGGUUUUCAUUUGGAAAUACUUGACAAAUUGAAGGAUGUUAAAUCUAAAGUACCCGGUAUUACUUUGUUACAUUUUAUUGUUAAAGCGAGAUUAGCUCAGGAAAAGGAUUGUAAUUUUGAUGAACCUUUACCGUUACCCGUACCUGAGCCGGCUGACAUAAAAGCUGCAUCGACGAUCAAUUUUGAAGAUAUUACCAAAGAACUUCAAAGGUUGGACGAUCAAUUGAAAGCUUGUCAAAAAAAAUACGACGCAGUUAUAGAAUCUAAUCCGCCUAACGCACGUGUUUUUCAAGAAAACAUGAACACAUUUUUUACCAGUGCAACCACCGAAUUAGAAAACGAGAAUAAAGCUUUGGUCAAGGCAAAGAAAAAAUUUAAAAGUGUUAUGCAAUUUUAUCAAUUCGUACCUAAAGGUGCGACAUUGGAUACGGCCGAUCCUAAUCAAUUCUUUACACUGUGGUUUAAUUUCUGUCACGAUUUCAAGGAUAUUUGGAAGAAGGAACAGCAACGUCUGAAGAAAGAAAAAAUGGAACAAGAAAUUUGGAAGAGAUUGGAAAGCAAGAGAAACGUUAAAAGAAACAAAUUACAUCCUUUCGGGUUGAAAGCUAGGUUAUUAAGGGAUGAAACUCUCGAAGAAAUAUGACGCGUGAUAAUCUCAAUUAGAUGAAUGAAAUUAAAUAGAAAAUAUAAUUAAAAUAAUACAAAAAAAAAAAAAACACACA